UUCAGUCGAGGCGGGGAGAAACCACAGCGGACCUUCAGUACUGGGAGGGACACUGGUGCCACUGGUUUGAUUCCCAGUCAAGUUAAUGAAGUUGGAUUAUUUUUUGCGUGGAAGCGGGGGAAAAACAUCUUUCUGUUUUUGAGAGGGAAGUCUAUAAAGAGCCAUGAUCCACGGAAAUAUUUGGAUAUUUUGCCUGUGAUGUUCUGGAAAAACGAAAAUUCACUCGAGGGAGAAACUUUUAUUGGACGAUGUUUUCGGCGCUUUUGGGAGGUUUUCCAAGUAUGAAGUGUAUGUUUUUUUAAUUCCCACAUAAGCCAGCUCUUCUUAGUAUAUUGCCUCCAAUAUUUAUAUCGAAGCUGGUCAUUAACAUAAUCUUGCAUUUCUGUUAAUUUCGUCGAGAUGAAGGACAACACGGACUCCGGAUUGCCACCCAAACGCAGAUUUUUUGGCAGCUUAUGAAUGCAGCUGUAAUCACCCAGGGGAGCCUCAAGUACUUAAAUGGGUCCAUCAUGAAAAAGAGACAAUCAAGCUCCUUUAUGCCUCAAGAUCAGCUGCAGUUUCUGCACAUUGUCUGUUAUGAAUAGACCGAUCUCCAAUUGAGCCUCUUCACUUUGAAGAUUUUUUCGAUUUUCGAUUAUACAGCUAUUGAAAUUAGGAUGCGACGCUUUUUUUUCUCUCUUAGCUUGGUGGCUCGGUUGCCUUUUCUUGAUUGACAGAUGAAAUUGACACUCGGGUUGCCUCUUAUCAAGCGAAGCAUUUCAAUCCACCGCUAAUUGCAGAUAUAGUCCCAUCCUUUCUUUUCACCGCGUUUGAUUGCAUGGGAAUAUAGCCUCCUAUUGCGCACAAGAGGAAUGAUCGAUCAUAUAUAGUUUUUUUUCCUUCUAAUUGCAUCAAAAUUUCUUUUGUUGCCAGGGUUUAAAUGCAGGAGAAACUGUUAUUCGUUGUUUUGGACCGGAUAUAGUGUGGGUUGGGGCAGAGAUGCGUAAUGCGCAGAGCAAGCUCCAUCUUCUCUCCAAAUAGGCAGCGUUCAAGACCCGAAAAUGUCUAAGUCGGAGGUGAAGAAGGAGUCCGGGGAGUCCAGCCCGUCGGAGGCCGCCUGUCUCUGCUCUCCUCCGGCGGCCAAGAACCAGUGCGCCAGCUGCGGCAUGGAGAUCCAUGACCGGUACCUGCUGAAGGUCAACAACUUGAACUGGCACUUGGGAUGUUUGGAGUGUUCAGUCUGCAGAGCGUCUCUGCACCAACACAGCAGCUGCUACGUCAAAAACAAAGAAAUCUACUGCAAACUGGAUUAUUUCAGUAGGUUCGGCACUAAGUGCGCCCAGUGUGGCCGUCAGGUGUACGCCAGCGACUGGGUGAGGCGGGCCCGGGGCAGCGUGUAUCACCUGGCCUGUUUCGCCUGUUUCUCCUGUAAGAGGCAGCUGUCCACCGGGGAGGAGUUCGGCCUGGUGGAGGGCAGGGUGCUCUGCCGCAGCCACUACGACAUCAUGCUGGACAACCUCCGCAGGGCCGCUGAAAAUGGCACAGGACUGACUCUGGAAGGAGCGCUGCCCUCGGAUCAGGACUGCCAACCCAAACCAGCCAAGAGGGCGCGGACAUCGUUCACCGCAGAGCAACUGCAGGUGAUGCAAACGCAGUUCGCUCAGGACAACAACCCUGACGCCCAAACUCUGCAGAAACUGGCAGAAAUGACAGGACUGAGCAGGCGAGUCAUACAGGUGUGGUUUCAGAACUGCCGUGCACGACACAAAAAGCAGCCGCCUCUCAACAGCUUCUCACAGAGCGCCCCGCUGUCCAGGAUGCCCCCGUCGCUGCCAGAUGAUAUUCACUACUCACCGUUCAGCAGCCCAGACCGACCACAUCUACUGGCCCUGCACGGAUACUUGGAGAGUCAUCCCUUCUCAGUUCUUACGGCCCCGGGCCAUUUGACCCAUCCAUCCAUCUCUUUACCACAACUUCCCAUCAGCCGCUGACCUCCUGCGUCAAAAUCUCCAUCGUCACCACUCUGAUAUUGUGAAAACCGAGAAAAUUUUUGGGACACACUGUCAGUAAUCUGCUCUGCUUGGGAGUCUAAUCCUCGGGUGGCUGGACCUGCGAUCCAACAAUCUGUUUUCAAUCCGCGGGAUUCUACGUUGUGAAACUGCUGAGCUAAACUUGUCUUUUAAAGACAGCAGACUGUGGAGAAACGUCCCGCCUCCAUGCCAACGAGGGAGAUGUUUUUUGUGAUGCAGAGAAGAAGACCACUUUCAUUUUAUUUUCCUCUUUUGAUGGGACACAAAACAUUGCAUCAGGUCAGGAUUUUUUCCUUUUGUUUACCCACUAAUACAAGGUAUUUUAAUUGCUGCAAUAUGAGCUUUCAAAAAAAAGAAGAAAACAAGGAAUGUGUUAGCAGUAUUACAGUAAAACCUCAGCAUUUUUUUUGUAAUGGUGAUGAGCACAUUUGCAGCUUUAUUGUUGUUUGUUGUUGUAUUGUUGUCAGAAAAUGGAAACUCUUAUUUAUUCAGAACAAAACUUCACAAAAAGCACUUUUAAAUGUGUCUUGAAAUGGAACAAUUCAGUGAUUGUACAUUGUAAAUACUGCUACGGUUUAAUAAAAUGUAUCAGAUCUGUUAUGAAAAUGAA